AUGGGUGAAGAGGUAUCUAGCUUUGUGGAACAGUAUUAUGAUCCAAACUAUGAUCCCAGUCAAUCCAUGCUAACCUACAUGUCAAAGUUCAGUAACGAGUCGACAAUAAAGUUUGAGGACUUACAAGAGUAUAUUAAUGAAAACGUCAUGUUGGGGGUAUUUACUGGCGCAAAGAUAGCGGCAGCAGCUCUGGCGUUGAUAAUCCUAUGGAUGGUGACUAAAAGGAAAAGGACACCCAUUUACAUCGUUAACCAGAUAUCACUCCUGCUUACAGUCAUCCAUGGCAUUCUGGUGUUGUCUGGCUUGCUCGGGGGGUUUUCUUCUUCUAUAUUCACACUGACACUAUUCCCUCAAUGCGUGAAUCGGAGUGAUAUUCGCCUGUUUGUCGCUACCAAUAUCUCCAUGGUUUCGCUUAUAGCCUCUAUACAGGUUUCAUUGGUUCUCCAAGUUCACGUAAUCUUUCGAGCAGGCACUCACAGACGGUUAGGCAUCUUCUUAACUGCGGUUUCCGCUAUAAUAGGGUUCACAACCGUGUGCUUUUACCUGGUUUCUGCUGUCCUUUCAGUGAUGGCUGUAUACCAGGAUAUCGAUAACAUCGGCGAUACAUUCUUUCUGAGCAUUGCGUACAUUUGUAUGGCCAUAUCUGUCAAUUUCAUUUUUUUGUUACUAUCCGUUAAGCUGCUUCUUGCAAUCAGAUUAAGACGCUUCCUAGGUCUAAAACAAUUUGAUGGCUUACACAUACUCUUCAUUAUGUCUACUCAGACAAUUAUAUGUCCGAGUAUUCUGUUCAUACUGGCUUUCGCUUGCGAGAAAAAUAUAACAGAUUCUUUGGUGUAUAUUGCGGUCUUACUCGUCUCACUGUCGCUACCACUGUCAUCUGUGUGGGCAACAGCAGCCAACAACGCAACAGUCCCACCUUUUUUGAACGCCCACUCUCUUACUUCUAGGUACAAAGCUGAAUCCUGGUACACAGAUUCAAAGAAUGAUGCAGGUAGUUUUAGCUCCUCAGAAAAUUGUGGAUCGGGAUAUCGACAUGGACGCUAUUCUAACAAUGGGGGUAGUAGUCCACAUCAAUGUACGGGGGGGGAUAAUACCGUCAUUGAUAUCGAAAAAUGUCAAUAUAGAGUGAACCCUACGCCACAUACUAGUGGGCAAUUCGCUUUCAAUCAGGAUUCAUUGGAAACUGAAUUCUCGGAAGAUACCGUCGUGCAAAUUCGUACGCCCAAUACUGAGGUUGAAGAGGAGGCCAAAAUAUUCUGGGCAAGAGCCAGUAUCACUCACGAAAAUAGUUCUUCUGGCGUUGAGUGCGGUGCGCAUGACAUGCAAACCAACGUCUUCAAGACUCCUACAAGUCAAACCGGAAGUGAUUGCAACUAG